CCCACAGCUUAGCCCAAUUGAAUCGACCUCACCAAGCUGGCCUCAAAAACAUCGAGGCCAGCAAACCGAAAGCCGCCUCUCAACUUACUACUACCCUGAUCCGAACUUCUCAAAAUGCUGUCCGGCCUCCAAAAUCCGCGGCAAGCGGCCGCCCAGCUGCUCAAUUUCGCCCUCAUCCUCUCUACCGCAUUCAUGAUGUGGAAAGGCCUCUCCGUCUUCGCCGACUCCCCCUCCCCCAUCGUCGUCGUACUCUCCGGGUCCAUGGAACCCGCCUUCCAACGCGGCGACCUACUCUUCCUUUGGAACCGGAACUUUCUCGCAGAAACCGACGUCGGCGAGGUCGUGGUGUAUAACGUGAAGGAUAAGGAAAUCCCGAUCGUGCACCGUAUCGUCCGUAAGUUCGGCACAGGCGACCACGCGCGUCUGCUCACCAAGGGCGACAACAACGCCGCCGACGACACCGAGCUCUACGCUCGCGGGCAGGACUACCUCGAGCGCAAGGAUAUCAUUGGUAGCGUUGUUGGUUACGUGCCCUUCGUCGGCUACGUGACUAUCAUGCUUAGCGAACAUCCUUGGUUGAAGACCGUUAUGCUCGGGAUUAUGGGGUUGUUGGUUGUGCUGCAGCGCGAGUAGAUAUGUACCUAGAUACCCAAGUGGAAAAAGGGGCGAGGGCGUCUGGAUUUUCGGCUUGGCUUUGAAGAUUCUGUUCGCAAAUAAAUAGAAUCUCUGUAGCCUGAAUGCAUUGUGAAACUCU